CUGCCCUCCCAAACCAUCCAUCCAGACCAGACCGACAAGCUCAUUGGCUGCUCGCUCCAGCCCCCGCACACACCAAAACCCACCCGAUUCCGCCAAAACCCACGCGAUCCUCGCCAAUUCAGAAACGCGAUGCAAGGUCUCGCCCCGGCCAGCUCUGUUACCAUACACCGGCACCUGCCGGCGCGGUCGGGAGCAAAAACCCACAAUUCGGUGAGGUUCUCGGCACGGGCGGUCGGCUCGGUGCCGCACGCGCCCGCCGACGCGGCGGCGUGCCUGCCGGUGCCGUUCAGGUCCGGCUCCGACGUGACGCGGUCUUUGUCCAAUAAGCCCGCCAGUGGCGUGCCCAGGCCCGCGGCGGUGCUGGCCUCGUCACGGAAGGCGGAGGAGAAGAAGCUCAACUUCUUCCAGCGCGCGGCGGCGAUGGCGCUCGACGCGUUCGAGGAGGGGUUCGUCGCCAAUGUCCUCGAGCGCCCGCACGGGCUGCCGAAGACGGUUGACCCCGCCGUGCAGAUCGCCGGCAACUUCGCGCCCGUCGGGGAGAGGCCGCCAGUUCACGAGCUCCCCGUGUCCGGCCGCAUCCCGCCCUUCAUCAACGGCGUGUACGCGCGCAACGGCGCCAACCCCUGCUUCGAUCCCGUCGCCGGGCACCACCUCUUUGACGGCGACGGCAUGGUGCACGCUCUGCGUAUACGCAACGGCGUCGCCGAGUCUUACGCGUGCCGGUUCACGGAGACGGCGCGGCUCAGCCAGGAGCGGGCGAUCGGGCGCCCGGUCUUCCCCAAAGCCAUUGGCGAGCUGCACGGCCACUCCGGGAUCGCGCGGCUUGCUCUGUUCUACGCGCGCGCCGCCUGCGGCCUCGUCGACCCGUCAGACGGCACCGGCGUCGCCAACGCCGGGCUCGUGUACUUCAACGGACACCUCCUCGCCAUGUCCGAGGACGACCUCCCGUACCACGUGCGCGUCACUGCCGACGGCGACGUCGAGACCGUCGGCCGUUACGACUUCGACGGGCAGCUCGGCUGCGCCAUGAUCGCGCACCCCAAGCUUGACCCCGUCACCGGCGAGCUCCACGCGCUCAGCUACGACGUGAUCAAGAAGCCGUACCUCAAAUACUUCUACUUCAGGCCCGACGGGACCAAGUCGGACGACGUCGAGAUCCCGCUCCACCAGCCGACCAUGAUCCACGACUUCGCCAUCACAGAGAAUUAUGUGGUAGUGCCCGACCACCAGGUGGUGUUCAAGCUCCAGGAGAUGCUCCGCGGCGGCUCGCCCGUCGUGCUCGAUAAGGAGAAGACGUCGCGCUUCGGCGUACUGCCCAAGCAUGCCGCGGACGCAUCGGAGAUGGUGUGGGUGGACGUGCCGGACUGCUUCUGCUUCCACCUCUGGAACGCGUGGGAGGACGAGGAGACUGGCGAGGUGGUGGUGGUCGGCUCCUGCAUGACCCCCGCGGACUCCAUCUUCAACGAGUCCGACGAGCGCCUCGAGAGCGUGCUUACGGAGAUCCGCCUCGACGCCCGGACGGGCCAGUCCACGCGGCGCGCCAUCCUGCCGCCAUCCGAGCAGGUGAACCUGGAGGUGGGCAUGGUGAACCGCAACCUCCUGGGCCGCCAGACGCGGUACGCCUACCUCGCCGUCGCCGAGCCGUGGCCCAAGGUGUCCGGCUUCGCCAAGGUGGACCUCGCCACGGGCGAGCUGAUCAAGUUUGAGUACGGCGAGGGCCGGUUCGGCGGCGAGCCCUGCUUCGUGCCCAUGGACCCCGCGGUCGCCCACCCUCGCGGCGAGGACGACGGGUACGUGCUCACCUUCGUGCACGACGAGCGCGCUGGCACUUCGGAGCUCCUGGUGGUCAAUGCCGCCGACAUGCGCCUGGAGGCCACCAUCCAGCUGCCGUCCCGCGUGCCGUUCGGGUUCCACGGCACCUUCAUCACGGGCAAGGAGCUCGAGGUCCAGACCUGAUCGAGCUCCCUCCCGUUCCCCGCCUCCACGUUUCUUAGAGAGGAGCGCGAGGAACAGAGGAGAAAUGGGGCAUGGAGGGAGGAAGGUACCAGAGGAGGUCCCCGGAGUCUUUCCGUUCCCCACGGUUACAGUUUUUUUUUUUAGGACCCCCCACGGUUACAGUUGGUAGUUGGCUUCCUUUUCAUUUUUAGCUCCGUUCACACUAGUGUAAGUAUAUUUUAGUUGUCAUAGUGGCAGAUUAGAGAGAGAGAUAGCAGAGAGGGGGCCCUGCUCGUAGCUUUCGUGGUUGUUCUUGUUUCUAGAGAGCAACCAUAGCUCAGCUGGGGCCUGCUACUAGUAUAGUAUUUUUUCUUCUCCUUUUUCUUUGGACCAGACAGGGCUAUGCUCCAGCUGCAGUUGUUGUCACUCACUUAGUCACUGUGGAGUGUUUGGGACCUUGGUUACUUGCUUGCCAUUGCCACCCAGUCGCUGCCGCUGCCUAUCUCUCACUGUGUGUACAUCUGUUCAUAGUAUAAUAAAAUGGUGACGAUUCUGCCUUAA